AACGAUACGCAUGGCUUGUUAUAAAUAUCACACCUGCGUAAGAGAAUUAUCAUUUAUAAGUAAUCGAUGAAGCGUGACGCCCAUACUGACACGACGCAGAAGACUUCCGUCGGUUCGCACAGCCGUGGACCACUUGUUCAGUAGUUUAAUCCUGUUUUACUGCCAUCAUGGCGGCCCGAAAGUUGAGCGGUGUGAUGAUGCGCAGGAAGAGCAGUGAGGGUCUACUGGACACAGCAGACGACCUGGCCGAGAAACUGGACUGUCUUGGCGACAUCUUGGAAGAAAUCGACCAUAAGUACAGCGAGGCUGUUGAGGAAGAGUGUGCACAGGAAAUCGAGAGUGGAACCAACGUUCGUUUGUACAGACGACUUAAAGAUGGUCUCGAGUCAGCGAGGACAUUGAUUGGCUGUCUAAGGCGGGAAAAAUGGCGUCUGAGCAGACGAAGAAUGAGCGUUGAGCUGAGACUUGGCGAAAUGGACGAUUACAAAAAACACAUCAAGAGAGAUAUGACAAGUUUGAACGACACGGUGGAUGUUCUGAGUUUGCGGGUUAUCCAGCUUGAGAACGAUUUAGUGGAGCAGCAGGAAAUACAGGAGGAACUCGAGGCGGAGAGGGCCGACCUCGAGCAACAGGUCAUUAAGCUGGAACUCAAGUGUAAAGAUUUUGAACAAGAGAAGAUAGCUUUCCAGGAAGAGUUCAAGUCUGUAAAACGACAGCGGUCCAAUGUUUCACUUCAGCUGGAAAAUGACGAAUUGCUCUCAGACAUGGAGGUGUUGCAGGAAGAAAACAGAAACCUAAAAGAAAUGAUCCGCGCCCUUGAGGACGCUAACAACCCGAAAAACCAGGAUGGUGGAUCAAAUAUGAACGGGUACAAAACUAUACAAUACAUUGAAAAUAAUAACAACAAAGUGCCGCUUAAAUUCGAGUCACCGUUUCUGCUCAAUGAACAAAGUGAAUCGACGAAUCUGUGAUCUGUGAGUAGUGAAGGAGAAGAAGUGUGUUCGAACUGUAGAUCAGGACAGCCAGUGGUAAUCAAGGAGUCCUACAAUGAAAGCGUUGCGAAUCUGAAAGGUGACAAUUCCUAGAAUAUCAUUGUUUAAAGGUUUCGUCAUGCACACCAUCCCAAAGACAACAAGGUUUAUCACAGUGCUGAGGGAUCCUUUUAUUUUUAUUUUUUGUCUCUCACUGGCCGCAAAAACGUUGCACAGACGCAUUUGUUUUGAGUUAGUACUGAUGUAAUUAAUGCAUAUUUGUAUAUUUAAUGAAAUUUGAAUAUGUUUGCAAGAUGUAUAACUAUGCGAUAUUUGCAUUCUUCAAAACACUUGUGUCAAAGAUGUACGAAGUUCACGUAGAUUAUAUACACAGUGCACUCGUCUUAGAACACUUAUUAGAUACCAACUGAACAUAAAUUCUUAAUAAACAAA